UGAAGCUUCACUCUGAUUUCUCUUACAAAGUAUGUAGUCCGAGCUGACAACUACCGGGGUUUCUUGCCGAGUGAUCGUCAAUUGAUGCAUUGAUCGCAAAGUUAGAGCCGAGUUGGAAGCGAGAAUUGGGCGGAACUGAUGGGCAGUAGCCGGGAGGCCUAGAAGACAGUUGCAUUUCUUAUGUCCGAGCCUUCGGGGCCUCGUCGCUUCAAGAGCAAUUCCCAAUACAUACACGCGGGAUGCAAUCCGUCCGGCGGUGGCACUACCUUGAUACAUACCGCCGCUGUGGAGCCCUCGACCGCUCAUGUGUCUGGUCUAAUCUAGACCACUCCGCUUCGCAUACGAUGCCCUCCUCGAACCCGCUCCUCUCGCUGAGUGUCCUCCUCCUGCUAUGCGCGCGCGCUGCGUGGGGUCUGACGGGCCUCAUCGUCCCGCUCUACGUCUACCCCACCAACAACAAAGCCUGCGACCAAUGGGCCUCGAUCAUCUCCGCCCUCUCCGCGGCCCCGCACACCGUCCCCACCAUCUUCGUCAUCAACCCGCAGAGCGGGCCCGGGCCCGCGGGGAGCCAGCCGACCACCGACUACCAGCAGUGCAUCCCGCGGCUGCGCGCGAGCGCCGGGGGCAGCGCGACGCUCGUCGGGUAUGUGCCGACGGGCUUCGGACAGCGGGACAGCGGUGCUAUCAAUGCAGACGUGGACACGUACAAGGGAUGGGCCAGCGCGUAUGCGAUGCAAGGCAUCUUCUACGACGAGGCGUCGCAGGCCGCCGGGGACGAGCCCUUCUAUCAAUCCAUCGUCACGCACGCGAAAAACGCGGGCCUCUCUUUCACCGUGCUCAAUCCAGGUGCGGUGCCGGACUCGGGGUACUUUGCAUUCGCGGACGUCAUCUGCACCGCGGAGACGUUCUACAAGGGAUUCUCGGUUUCGUCGCUCACCAUCUCGGCUGCCGCGCCGGCCUCGAAGCAGGCUGUGAUCCUGCACGACGCCCCCCGCUCGCCGUCGAACCUCAGCGCCGUCAUCCAGCAGGUGUCCAACGCCGGCGUGGGCUGGUUCUAUGCAACGAACGGCCUGCAGACGGGAAACACCUAUGGCAGUGUGCCGCCGUUCUUUGCGACCGAGCUCAACGAUCUCGCGGCCCUGGCGUGAUUGCAGCUUCAGGGUUCAGGUAAAAAGAUCAUAUUUGCUUUCUAGUCCUCAGAUAGUGCUCUUGAUCCUAGUCAGAACAUUUCGCUAGGGAAUCCAUCACAUUCUCCUUGCGACCAUACGUAACAGAUAUUCGAUUUAAUGCAGGCAUGACACGACAAACAUAGGGCAGUUCUCAAAUCCUGAAGCCACUAUUUUUGGUUUACUUCGAUUCUCUCAUUAGGGAUAUUGAUGGAAUGAAUCGACUGCCCAUUUCGCUCACGCAGCCUCGAAACUAGUUCUAGAUCACCGCCGAGAAACUCUUU